CUAAAACUGUGGUUCUAUGUUGAUCAUUAUGUACACCAGUUGCAUUUGGUUCCUCCUUUUGAUCACUGGAACUGGAAUUGAUGCUAGUCCUUGUUCAAAAGUAAUUAAAAAAGUAGAAUAUUACGAGGUCGUAAAGUGCACAUGUCGCCUUUGGGGAGAAUGUACUCACUACGCUACGUUAACGCGAUAUCGCUCGUCCUAUAGACGGACAUGCUGCGCCGGAUAUGGAGGUUCUAACUGUCAACCUAGAUGCAGCAGAUCCUGCAAUUCGCGUGGUAGUUGUGUUGCUCCCAAUGUCUGCCACUGUUGGAGUGGGUAUACUGGAAGUUCCUGCCAAACACCUGUCUGUAGUCCUGGCUGUCAGAAUGGGUACUGUAGACGUCCUGGCGUUUGUUCUUGUUACUCUGGGUACACUGGUAGUCGUUGUCAGACACCUAUUUGUACACCGUCAUGUAAGAACGGAGGGAUUUGUUCCCAGUCAAGACAGUGUCAGUGUCCGAAUACCUAUCAAGGGAGGGACUGUGGAGAUCCUGUCUGUAGGCCUAGCUGUCGGUUUGGGACUUGUAUACGUCCUAACGUCUGCUAUUGCUACCCGGGAUACACUGGUAGUCUUUGCGAGACACCAAUAUGUUCUCCAGUUUGUAAGAAUGGAGGCACCUGUGUUAGUCCAAAUACAUGUAGUUGUCCAAACGGAAUGUACAGUGGUUUGAGAUGCAAUGAAC